CUAGGUUUGUAGCCCCUCUCUCUCUCUCGGUCCUUUGCCCUAUAAAGUAAAACCUAUCUCCCUCCUUCCUGCACCUCCUCUAGCGGCCCACCUGUUUGCUAGAAUUCCUAAGUGUGUGUGUCUGAGAGAGGGAGACGGAGAAGGGGUCGGGGACGGCGAUGAAGGUGGAGAAGAUCAGGCAAAUAGUGCAGCUGAAGCAGGUCGUGCGGCGGUGGCGGGCGCUCAGCCUUCGCCGCCUCGUCGGCGAUCCGCCCCCGGGCUUCCUAGCCGUCUACGUGGGGCCGGAUCGACAGCGCUUCGUGAUCCCCACCCGGUUCCUGAACCUCCCGGUCUUCGCCGCCUUCCUCCGGAGCGCGGAGGAGGAGUACGGUUUCCCUGGGCCCUCCCCGGGGGGCCUCGCCCUCCCCGGCGACCCGGCCUUCUUCCGCUGCGUCCUCGACGCCCUCCACCGCGACGAGGCCCGCUUCGGCCGCUUUACCCUCGACGCCUUUCUCGUGCUCUUCGCCGACCACGGCCCUGCCGCCGCCGCCGCCGUCGCUUCCUCGCCUUGCCGCGACUCCUCCUCGUACAACAGGCCUCUCCUCCCCAAAACCAAGGCUCGAUGACACUAACCGACUCUUUCUCUUUCCGUAUAGUUUUCGCUAUUCGUCCAUCCCAUGGAUCUUCUCUGGUUUAAAAAAAAAAAAAAAAACAACCAAAAACUCAGCUCCUCUCUUUUUUUAGCUUGAUCCAGGAGCUGCAACGGGAUUUUCCCCCCUUUUUUUAGUUAUAAAUCAGAAACUGGAGCUGCAUGCUUCCUGAUCUACUGAUGUUCUAGUUUUAGAUGAAAUUGUGUUAAAUGGAAUUGCGUACUUCUCUGUGUUUGGGCAAAAUAUAAUACAACAAUUUUCCUUCUUUUAAAAA